AGAACAGAGAGAUGUGCAUUGUCCUCUGCACCUUUGUGGCCAAAGAUGGACCCAGAACCAACAACAACAAUGGAUUACUAUGCUUAUGGUGGAGAAGUUUGCAAUAAAGAAGAGAUUAAGAAAAAUGCAGCCAAAUUCAUUCCACCACUAUAUAUUCUGGUAUUUGUACUUGGUUUUAUUGGAAACACUGUUGUUAUUUUGAUUCUACUCAAGUACAAAAAGCUCAGUAACAUGACAGAUAUCUAUCUCCUUAAUCUAGCAAUAUCUGACUUACUUUUUGUUUUUUCAUUGCCAUUUUGGGCAUAUAACACUGUAUAUCACUGGGUAUUUGGUAAUGUAUUAUGUAAACUCUUAUCCUGGCUUUAUUUAGUUGGAUUUUAUAGUGGGAAUUUUUUUAUUAUUCUUCUUACAUUAGAUAGAUAUUUGGCCAUAGUGCACGCUGUUUAUGCUAUGAAAGCAAGGACACGGACAUUUGCAAUAAUUACAAGUGCAGUUUUAUGGGGAAUUGCUACUUUUGUAUCCAUUCCAGACCUCAUCUUCAACAAAGCCAUCAAAGAAAAUGAAAUAAAUGCAUGUAGUCCUGUUUAUCCUCCAGGUGUAGAAAACCAAUGGAAACUCCUCUCUUUGAUUAUGAUGAUUUUAUUAGGGCUUGUUAUGCCUCUUAUGAUUAUGGUGUUUUGUUAUACAAAAAUAAUACAAACUCUGAUCAAAUGUAGGAAUGAGAUGAAAAAAGUCAGAGCUGUAAAGCUUGUUUUCAUUAUAAUGAUUGUUUUUUUUCUCUUUUGGACACCAUAUAUCAUUGCUCUAAUCAUGUACACCUUUCAAACUUCUUACCUACUUAAUAACUGUGAAACCAGCAAAAAGUUAGAUGUGGCAAUCCAGUGGACAGAAGCUAUUUCGUACUUUCAUUGCUGUCUCAAUCCUAUAAUCUAUGCUUUUGUAGGGGAAAAGUUCAGGUCAUACUUAUUUACCUUUAUCCGAACACUGUUGCCAAAUUGGAACUUUUGUCCUUUCAGGUCUAUAACACAUGAACGCCACAGUUCACUGUACAACUCAUCUACUGGAGAGCAUGUUAUUUCUGCAAUUCUGUAAAUUGUAUCUUGUUUUCAUGGUUUGAAUAAUAUGUAAUGUUCACAAGUGAUUUAUAACUUUCUAAAAUAAUUUAACAAAUGUAAUAAAGUAAUUUUGUUUGUUUUUUUGCUA